UUCCAAGUGAAAAGAGCCAGUAGCAACCAGGAUUUGACAGGGAGCUGGCUGAACGGAGCUUGCAAAGCAGCAACCCCUCCUGCGUUUCAGAGUGCAUAAAGCUACCCAAUCUUCAUCAAAGAAAACAGUGGCCGUUUUGUAUCCUGUUACUGCUCACCAAAGAAAGAGAUAAGAAGGGUGGUAAGAGAAUGGUGGUUGGAAUGUGGAUUACUGCACUUUAUCUCCUUGGCACAGUAGCAGGUAAAGAAGUUUGCUACCCCAGGCUUGGCUGUUUUACAGAUGACCCACCCUGGUCCGGGGUACCGGGGAGACUUCUGACAGGUCUGCCUGAUUCUCCAGAACAUAUGAACUUGAGCUUCUCUCUCUACACCAGAGAAACAGGAAAUAACUCACAGGUGAUCUCGGCAAUAAACUCCUCAACCAUCCAAAACUCACAUUUUUCCUCACGUAGGAAUACCUCCUUCAUCAUUCAUGGAUUUGGCAGCACUGGAAAAACAGGCUGGGUGGUAGAAAUGUGCUUGCUGUUACUGGAAGUGGAAAACAUCAACUGCAUUGCGGUCGAUUGGGAAGAAGGUGCUAAAGGCACCUACAUCAGUGCAGUCAACAACAUCCGCGUGAUUGGGGCUGAGGUUGCUUAUUUCAUAAAAACUUUACAGGAACUCUUCAGAUACUUCCUUUGCAAAAUUCAUCUAAUUGGCCACAGCCUGGGAGCACACACUGCAGGAGAGGCGGGAAGAAGGAUCCAAGGCAUCGGGCGGAUAACAGGCUUAGACCCUGCUGGGCCCUAUUUUGAAGGUACUCCUCCUGAGGUGAGACUGGAUCCUUCAGAUGCAAACUUUGUUGAUGUUAUUCACAGUAAUGCUGCUCACUUCCCUGCCAUCGGGCUUGGAAUAUAUAACACCAGCGGUCACCUUGACUUUUACCCAAAUGGAGGAACUGUGAUGCCUGGAUGCACCGAUUUAAUUCCGGAGAUGAAACAAAGUGAUUUUGAAGCUAUCAUUGCAGAUGCUACGGUCAUUGGAGGGUGCCAUCACUCUCGCAGCCAUGAGUUUUAUUUUGAAAGUAUCCUCUAUCCCACCGGAUACCUUGGAUAUCUCUGUGAAACGUACAAAGCCUUUGAGUCAGGAGACUGUUUCCCGUGUCCCCAGGAGGGAUGUCCAAUGAUGGGGCACUACGCUGACAGAUUCCCAGAUAAAUUGAAGAGGGUAAACCAAAAGUAUUUUUUAAACACAGCAGCAGAUCCACCUUUUGCUACUUGGAGGCAAAAAGUAUUUCUCAAACUGUCUGGUGUAAAGAAAAUGAGGGGGGACAUAAACCUGGUUUUCCAUGACACAGAGGGGAACACAAAAGAAUAUGAAAUUGCCAGCGGUGUCCUUUCUCAAGACGAAGUUUAUACAAAAUACCUUGAUGUUGAAAUUAAUCCAAGAAAUACUACAAAAAUUGAAUUUCUGUGGAAUAAAGCCAUAUUCACUCUGCUCUGGGCAAGACUGGGAGCAGAAACAGUCAAUAUAAUUCAUGGAGAAGAUGGGCGUAGGUCAACUUUUUGUGGUCGUGGAACCGUGACAUAUGGAGUUCCCCAGUUACUUACACCUUGCUAGAGGUCACCGACUACAACUGUUCGAUAUACAGCAGCUGAGCAAAC